AGUCGAUUCCGAAAACUCGUCAUUUGACUCGAAAAGUGUGACUCCAAUGGAGUCAUCGCAUGAUUUGGAGGAUAAUAGUCUUGAGUUCGACAGUCGUGCCAACCAUUCGCCCAAAGCAUUCACAGUCUCCGCGAUGUCUCAUAUGUUGAAUACUGACGAAUCAGUGGUCUCUGAGGCCCACAAUCACAUGGAAAUCAAACCCAAUGUUGUCUCACAAAUGACAAUGGAUUCGACAACGGAUUCAUUGGAGAGUUUGAAGAAAAGAGUGAAAGUAUUGGAGUUUAAGAAUAGAAAACUUGAGGAACAGAACAGUGAGUUGACUGUGAAGUUGAGUUCAGUCGAAGAGGAGAAUGAAGACUAUAAGCGGACUAACGAGGAGUUCCAGAGGAGUAUCGAUGAACUAAAACGCAAGCAGUGGUGCACUAAUUGUCUGAAAGAAGCACAAGCAUUGGCCCAUCCAUUCAAAGAGCUGUCGUCGCCGCCAACCAACCAAAUGAGUGCUAAACCUUAUGAUCUAUAUUGUGCUCAAUGGCAACGUUAG